AUGGAUGACCUUGAGGUUUUAUCUACUCCUGCUGUCAUCUUUUGGCAAUGGUUCAAUCAAACAUUCAACGCUAUUGUAAAUUACACAAAUCGUAGUGGAGAUGCACCGAUAUCAGUCACACGUCUUGGUGUAUCUUAUGUACUGGCUACUGGUGGAGCUUUGGGCACUGCUCUGAGCAUCAAUAAACAAGUUGAGAAAUUUCCCCCAAUCGUUGGUCGAUUUGUUCCAUUCGUUGCUGUUUGUGCAGCUAAUUGUAUCAAUAUACCAUGUAUGCGAAGUUCAGAGCUCACUGAAGGUACUCCGGUAUUGGAUGAAAAUGGUGAGAAAUUAGGCAGAUCGACAGUUGUAGGACGUAGAGCUAUCAGUCAAGUGGUAUUUUCACGUAUAUUAAUGGCUGCUCCUGGAAUGGCUGUUCUACCUUUUGUGAUGGAAUCAUUAGAGAAGAAAGCAUUUCUUAAACGGAAUCCUUGGUUAGGCGCUCCUAUACAAAUUGGUCUAGUCGGUGUAAUGUUAUCUCUUGUCACGCCAUUGUGUUGUGCUUUAUUCCCUCAAAUGAGUUCAAUUGCAUUCCAUAAACUUGAACCAGAGUUGCAAACACGUAUUAAAGAAGCUCGUCACGGGAAACCACCUGCUAUUGUCUAUUACAAUAAAGGUUUAUAAAGGAAGACAAUAAGAAUGCCGUGUGUGUUUGUGACUGUGUGUUCAUUUGUAUGUAAACCAACAAAUUCCAAAGUAGAUCUGAUAUUCCUGGUCAAAUCUUGUUGACAUUUUUAUUUUUUUUUUAUUUGUUAACUUAUUUGAUUUGAUGUGUUUGAGUGUUACUUUUUAUGUAGAAUGAUUCAAUGAUUUAUUUAUAUUUAUAUUUAUUAACAUUAGUGAUCUUUUUUGUUGUCGUUGUUGAACAUUUAACUUUUGUUUUAAUACAUUCACUUUGAAAGGAGGUCUAUUUAAAAAUG